UGAAUACGACAAACGCGAGGCGACAUGACAUUUUGUUGGUGACGCGACAACUUUCUGAUAUCGAACGAUAUCUACUAAACAAGUGUACAUUGUUCUAUAUCUUGCAGAAUACUAUCCCAGUUAUUACUUGACGUUUGGUGUUUCAGAAAAUCAAUCUUAAAGUACAAAAAAGAACGAGUGAAAGUGACAUAAAUUGAAAAUUGUUGUAGACAUCGCAUGUUCGCGAACUUGGAAUGACGCAGACAUCGUGAUGCGGACUGUUACUUUUUUUAAGUAAAAAAAUAUUAUUUCAUUAGAAAAAUAAUAUAUAUAAAAAAAAACUAUGGAUGAAACUAGAAAUUACAUAAAUUUAGUGCUAACAGUUAAAAAAUAUCCAGCGUUAUAUGAUCUCAGUUGCAAUGAUUAUCAUAACAAAGUUGUUCGAAAUAAAAUGUGGAGAGCAGUGGCGCAGGAAGUAAACGCUUCUGCCGCAGAAUGUAAAGAAAAAUGGAAGAACCUCCGUGCCAGUUUCAGCAGACAUUUAAGAAAUCAAAAUACAACAAAUUCAAAAUCGAAAAAACCGUAUUAUAUGGCAGAUUACAUGGAUUUUUUACUUCCUUAUAGCAAACUUCGUAGGGCGGAUGAAAGUUUGAACGAAGAAGGACCAAUCGCACAAGAGAAUUGGAAUGAAGAGGAGACCACUUCCGAUACGUCCUCUAAUUAUCAAAAAUUAAACAAAUCCGAUCAAAAGAUAUCGGAAUCAGAAAGAGAUGGAGAUACGAGAAAUGAAGAGUAUGUGUUUUCGAGAAGUAAAGCGAUCAGACACGCAGAAGAUAGACUAUUGUCACAUAGAUGUUCAGAUAAUUGUAUUCUCACCAAUAGACGAGAUCUUGACGAAUCAAUCAACGAUGCAGACUUGUUGUUUUUUAAAAGUUUACUUCCAGAUAUGCAACAGAUGACAAGCCAAGAAAAAAGAAGCUUUAAAAUAUCUGUAUUGGGUUUGAUCGAUAAAAUAUUAAACGAAAAAGAAUCGGCAAUGUCGGUCGAAAAUGAUAUUUCUUGUUCAAUAGUAAAAAAUCAACAAGAUGAAAGAACAGAUGAAUUUUAAUUUAAAAUUUUUAUAAACAAAAGUUUGUAAUAAUACAAAUAAAUUUAAAAUAUUAUAAUAAUAUAGAUUGAUUAAAGUAUGUUUAACAAAAUAAAAUGUAUUAAAAUUUGAGAAAAAUGUUAUAUUUAAAAAUAAUUUAUGAAUUAUAAUAAUAAUAGAUCAAAAAAAUA